AUGAGAAAAUCGUUUAUGAAAGAUAUAUUGGAAGAUGAUUUACGAGCACCUAAGAAGAAGAAGACUGCUUCUGAUGUUAUAGAUUUACUCCGAAUGGAAUAUGGAGUUGAUCUCACGUAUAGUCAGGCAUACCACGGUUUACAAUUCACCAAGAGAUUUCUUUGGGGUGAUGACAUCAAGUCUUAUUUAGAUUUUCUUUGGUAUAAAGAGGCCAUUGAACAUUACAAUCCUGGAAGCGUCGUGAAUUUUGAGUAUGAUGGUGUGACUCGUCGGUUCAAAAGGUUUUUCGUGGCCUUUGAAACUUCUAUAACUGGUUUCAACAAUUACUGCCAUCCGAUGCUAUUUAUUGAUUGUACCUUUCUCACUGGGAAGUUCAAAGGUGGUCUUAUGGUUGCUUGCGGCAAAACUGGUAAUCAAGAGAUCUAUCCAGUUGCAUUUGGAAUUGUUGAAAGUGAAAAUUGUGAUAGUUGGGAAUGGUUCUUAACCAAUUUGAAGGGUAUUAUUCGUGAAGAUCGUCCACUGACCAUCAUAUCAGAUCUUGGAAUUGGCCUUUUGAAGCAUGUGCCUGUAGUCUUCCCAAAGGCUUUCCAUUCCUACUGUUUGUACCAUAUGAAAGAAAAUAUUCCUGUUCCAAAGGGCAAGAGCAGACAAACUGCAGUCAAAAGGUUGUACUCUCGACCCAUUUAUCUUAUUCCUGACUCUGAGAAGCCACCUGGAAUUAAUGAAAAGGGGUAUAUUUUUCCUCCCACUGGUGGUCGAGAACAAGAUGGAAGACCUAAAGGUGUUAGGUACAGGGGUUCUCGUGAAAAAGUGCAGAAGAAGAGGAAGUGUGGCUAG